CCAAAGACAAAAGUAAGAGGGUUUUGUGCAUCAAAGUCUUUGGCAAAAACAAAUCUUGCAAUAAAAGAAAAAAAUGGCCCCUAAAGUGCCACCUUCUGAUGCUUUAUCCAUCGGAAAACUGACUCCGGCCCUUGGGUCGAGGAAGGCAUACGUGACUUUCUUGGCCGGAACCGGGGACUAUGUGAAAGGGGUGGUCGGUCUGGCGAAAGGUUUGAGGAAGGUGAAGAGCAUCUACCCGCUGGUCGUGGCGAUCUUGCCUGACGUGCCAGAGGAGCACCGUGAGAUCUUGAGGUCCCAAGGCUGCAUUGUCAAGGAGAUCGAGCCGGUCUAUCCACCGGCCAACCAGACUCAGUUCGCCAUGGCGUAUUACGUUAUUAACUACUCCAAGCUUCGUAUUUGGAACUUUCUGGAGUACAGCAAAAUGGUGUACCUCGAUGGAGACAUCCAAGUUUUCGAAAACAUCGAUCACCUCAUGGACACCCCAGACGGCUACUUCUACGCCGUUAUGGAUUGCUUUUGCGAGAAAACAUGGAGCCACUCUCCACAAUACGCCAUUGGGUACUGCCAGCAAUGCCCUAACAAGGUGACCUGGCCGGCUGAGAUGGGCCCCCCUCCCCCGCUCUACUUCAACGCGGGCAUGUUCGUGCACGAACCAAGCAAGGCUACUUAUGAGACCCUCCUCGAGACUCUCCAGAUCGCCCCCACCACGCCAUUUGCUGAGCAGGAUUUCCUGAACACCUUCUUCAACCCAAUCUACAAACCUAUCCCGCCAAUCUACAACCUGGUGCUCGCCAUGCUGUGGCGCCACCCUGAGAACAUCGAGCUCGAGAAGGCCAAAGUUGUCCACUACUGUGCUGCGGGAUCGAAGCCAUGGAGGUACACUGGGGAGGAGGCUAACAUGGAUAGAGAAGACAUCAAGAUGCUGGUGAAGAAAUGGUGGGACAUCUACAAUGACGAAUCCCUCGACUACAAGCCGGAGGAGGAGGCGGAUGAAUCCUUCUCCAAGCCAUCCAUCUUGGCCUCCCUCCCUGAACCCGCGGUUUCUUAUGUCCCAGCGCCCUCCGCUGCCUAAACAACUACUAUUGCUAUCUCUAUGACCAACUUAAUUUGCUUGUUUUUCGUGUGAAAAUCCUCAAGAAAUAUCCAAGUUUGUCUUGUGUUUGAAUGUGUAAUGCAAUGAAUUAAACUAAUUAAGCAGUAUUGGAAUGUAAGAGUUCUACUGCAGUUAUUAUGAAAAUAUCUAUUUUAUUCAA